AUGGUUAUGUCUUUUUCUUCUUCCAUACUUCUUCCAUCUCUUUACUUUGCCUCUGGUGAAUUGGCUAAGCACACCUUUUCCUCCUUGGAGAUAUUCCUGAUUUUCCUCCUUGUGAUGAUGAUUGUCAUCACAGUAGCCCUUCUCAGCCUCUUGUUUAUCACCAAUGGGACCAUCAAAAACCACAAAGACUCAGGAGAUCACGGUUUGUUAACCACCCAGGAUCCCAUAGACAUUCAAACCACUCCCGUGAUUAGUACCCCGGAGCCUCCUCUAUUUCAGAACUUCAGUGGCUACCAUAUAGGUGUUGGGCGAGCUGACUGCACCGGACAAGUAUCAGAUAUUCUUUUGAUGGGCUAUAGCAAAAGUGGCCAGUAUGUACAGGGUCUCCUCACAAGGCUGUAUAGCUGGGCUUUCAUCGUGGCAGAACCAUUGGCCAUGGUCCUCAGCAGAUUAAAGAGUAAAUAUGGGUCCCUCCACAGAAGAGAUAAUGGUAUCCUGAGUGCCACUUAUCCACACUCAGGUCCAGCUGGGUAUUUCCAGUACACUCUAUUUCUCAUCCUCAGUGAAGGAUUUAGCAAUCGGACCUUUGAGUAUUGGUAUUGUGAAGGGACAACAGAAGGGGAUCCAUUUUGGGACAUCAUUCAGGCCUUGGUCCUGGGCAUACCAUCCAAUGAGCUAAAAGAAUGUCAUAAGCCAAAGCCAAUCCUUUUUCACACUGGAGAGAUAUCCAUACCUCAUCCGUGGUAUCCAGAUAUUGUUGAUGUUCAGAUAAUUACUCUUGGGUUCUUGGCCAUAGCUGCUCUUCCUGGGGAAUUUACAACCAUGUCUGGACUAAGACUUCGAGAGGCAGUUCAGGCAGGAGAAGUUGCUGUAGUUGUAUUUGUAGGUGCAAACCCGAAGAAUUCAGCAGAGAGGGCAGCCAGCUUUGAGAACUACUGUCCACCUGAUAGUGAAGCAGUAAACAUGAAACCCAAAGCAUAG